CAACCACCACCAUGAAGAUCACAGUAAAGACAACCCAGCAGAAGGUCUUCCAGAUCGAUGUCGAGGGUCCCGAGACCGUCGGCGUGCUCAAGCAGAAGAUCUCGGACGCGCAUGGCCACCCAGUCGCGUCCCAGAAGAUAAUUUACUCCGGUAAGAUCUUGCCCGACGACAAGACUAUCGAGUCGUGUGGGAUCAAGGAGAAGGACUUCCUCGUGCUCAUGGUAUCAAAGCCCAAACCUACUCCCGCGCCAGCACCCGCGGCCGCUGCACCCUCCACUUCUACUCCUGCUGCUGCACCCGCCUCAACACCCGCUCAAUCGACGCCGGCACCUGCUGCCGCACCCGCGGCUGCACCUGCGCCUCAGGCUGCCACCCCCGCUGCAAACGCACCUGCCUUCGGCGAUAUGAGCUCGUUCGUGACGGGUAAUGUCCUCCAGGAAACUGUCAACAACAUGACCGAAAUGGGCUUCCCCCGCGAACAAGUGCUACGUGCCCUCAGGGCAAGCUUCAACAACCCCGAUCGCGCAGUGGAGUACUUGAUGAACGGUAUCCCCGCACACCUUGAGGCCGAAGCCGCCGGCCCCGCUCGCGCUGCUCAGCCAGCACAGCCAGUAGCAGGCAAUGCACCCGCUGCUGCCGCACCUGCCGCUGCCCCCACCUCUAACGCGCCACAAAACCUCUUCCAGCUCGCCCAGCAACAGCAGCAAAGUCAAGCCGCAGGUGCUGGUGCAGGCGCGGGUGCCGGUCUCGGUGCCGGUGCCGGAGCCGCCGCACCAGGACUGGACCUCGCCGCGCUGCAGAGCAACCCGCAGAUCGCGCAGCUGCGUGAGCUUGUGCAACAAAACCCAGCGCUUGUGCAGCCUCUCGUCCAGCAGCUUGCGCAAUCCAACCCUGCGAUUGCCCAGGCGAUCAUUCAGCAUCCUGAGGCUAUCAUGCAGCUGUUGGGUGUCGACGGUGAUGACUUUGACGGCGACGAUGACAUGAACCCGCCGCCGGGUACUCACGUUAUGCACGUUACGGAGGAGGAACAGGCCGCGAUCCAAAGACUGGAGGCUAUGGGCUUCCCCCGUCAGAAGGUUAUCGAGGCAUACUUUGCCUGCGACAAGAACGAGGAGCUGGCGGCGAAUUAUCUAUUCGACAAUGGGUUCGAGGAUGAUGACUAGUUGAUUAGCUGUAGGGAACUUGUAUGUAUAACCGCGAGUGUAUUGUUGAUAAACGCCAGCUGUACCAUACACCGUUGAACCUCAUCUUGCGUGAUUAUGAUCCGUCUAUAUCGCCAGCAACCCAACGAGUUUGGUUCUACUGACUGCUAAACGAAGGGUAUGCUCAAUGAUAGCGACGGCAUGUAUAUAUACAAGACAACAAAGCGCAGAUGAUAGAUAGACAGUGAACCGCGGAGAAUAGAUAGACAAUAGAGCACAUCGAAAGCAGAUGAUAGCAGACAUUCACAAGCGAUGAGCAAACGCAAGAGUUUUCGGUCAGUCAAGCCUCAACUCGACUCGCACUUGUAGCACCUCCGCAUCCAGCUCAGCUGAACCAUGAUGCAAAUUUUCCUCAACCACAUCCCGCAUCCCUCACCCGAUCCAAUCCAAU